GGUCCUUCAGAGAUUCAUUCAGGCAGAUCCUCGGGCAGCCCCGGACCGGUUGGUCACGUCAUCAGUUCCCAGUGUUAUGGACCAGCGUGGAAGAAGCGCAUCCUAUUACAUUGACUGAAAAAUCAAUAAACUUCAAUAAAAGUUGUGAACAUGGCGAAGCUGCUGUAUUUCCUCUCCCUCUGUGUUCUCCCGUCCUUCACAGUGCUGGUGCAGGGAGCCAGGCAGAGUCAGGACAUCAGGUGUGGAGCGUGCAGAGCGUUGGUGGAUGAGAUGGAAUGGGCCAUAGCACAGGUAGACCCCAAGAAAAUGAUCAAAACCGGUUCGUUCAGGAUCAACCCCGAUGGCAGCCAAUCGACUAAAGAUGUUCCGUUUGCACGUUCAGAAGGCCAUCUCCUCGAGCUGAUGGAGGGGGUGUGUGAGAAGAUGAAGGAUUAUGGCGAAACCUUGGAUCCUGCGACGAAUCGUAAGAUGUAUGUGAGGUUCACGGCACGCGAAGGCAUGUCUGAGGACAUAUCUAACGUCUCCUACGACUCGAGAGUCACAGCCGACUUAAAAUUCGCUUGUGAGACGAUCGUGGAGCAGAACGAGGAUGAAAUCAUUGAAUUCUUCUCUCAUGAGACGGACAACGUUAAAGACAAACUCUGCAGCAAGAGAACAGAUCUGUGUGACUAUGCGCUGAAGAUACCCCACGAUGAGCUUUAACAUCAACAUCACACACCUUCAUAUUCUAACAUCAUGUCAUGUGCAGCAGGAUUAGAUUUGAAGUUUUAGCACGGAUUAAACGGAGACAUUUCAGAUUUAAUUCGAACAGGCUUCAGAUGUACAUUUGAUGCAGAUUGUGUGUGUGUGUGUUCGACUUCGGCACUGUAAACACAUGGCUCACACUGAUGCCGGUCUAAUCAUGAUGCUUAAACUGCCUCAAAGGGAACAUGUGACCAUCCACACACAGUUUACUGCCUUGCGUGUGUGUGCAUGUAUCGUGAGCCGCAAAGAUUUUUUUAUUUUUAUUCCGUUAUUUAAAGUCACAUGUGACUCUGUGCCUGUUUGUGACUUUUCUCCGUCGAGUGAUCCAAAUUUUUGUACAACAUAAUGCUCUUGUGUUUCCUGUCUGACCUUUUCGUCACUUGGUGUUUUUUUUUUUGAUAAACAUGUUUUCACAACAAGUGGUUUAUGAUUCUUUAGUGAUUUCACACAUGACACAAUAUCAUGAGCGAGUUGAAUUUCUGAAAGCUCCUGAAUCAUCUGACAUUAAAUAAAUAAAUAAACAAACAAACAAAC